CAUCAACAACCAUAGAAUAUCACGUCAGUGCCUUGUAGUGUUGUAUUAGAGGAGAGGAUGGACAAGCAGACGAUCCGGAUCGCUGCGCUGGCCCUGCUAUCUGUACACCUCCUAUGCUCCGCCACCAUAGCGCAAUGCCGAACCGUCACGGCCGGCGUGGACAACGACGAUAUCCAUGAAAUGAGCUUGGGUUGCCAGAAAAAGUGCUCCUACGCCUAUCAUUGUUGCAUCUGUUGUAUUAAUACUGACUGGUGCUACACAAGUUCCGAUAGGUGCGAUAGAAACUGCCCGGAUUUCACCGCGGCCACGGUGCCCCCCGAAACCGUGCUGACCAGGUCUGCAGUACGCACGGAUGACUUGAUGCGAGGCCUCGUCCCAAAUGAGUUCGGCAAUUGUCGUGUGUAGUAUAGCAUCGUUGCGGUGACCCCUGCCCCUUUCCCCGCUUAGCUGAAUUUAUUUACUUGUCCCUUAAGGCAUUUGUAAUGCGUGAUGUGUGGACAAAUAAGUUUGCAAUACCCUAAAUAGCUUUUGCAGUUUUAUUUGUCAUAUUUUGUUUGAA